CCUGUUUGCGGCGGGUUAACCAACGAGCGGAGCGCAGCCUCAAGGAGGGAGCUGGUCCUCCAGUAUCCCAGAGUGCAACGCGGCGUCAGUGGCGUCGUUCGCUCCCCCCGCCACAACCCGCUCCCGUCGUCUUUCCCUCAGCCGCCGGCCGCCAUGUUGUGCUAGCUUGCUUCGAGCUCCUCGGCGGCGGGCGCUCAACCAACCAACCACCCGCCUCCCUCACAGCGCGGCGGGGUCGUGAGAAGUAGGAGUGACGCGGGGGUCCUCGCACCGCGUUCUCGCAGGGGCCCGACGCCAUGGCAGCAGCCCUGGGAGGAGGAGGGGACGGAGGAGCAGAUGAUGACUUUGAUCAGUUUGAUAAGCCUGGUGCAGAAAGAUCUUGGAGGAGGAGAACUGGAGAUGAAGACUGGGACAGUGAAUUAGACGAUGACUUGCUAGGAGAAGAUUUGCUGGCUGGCAAAAAGACGCAGUCAGAUAUGUCAGAUGAAGAAUUGAAUGAUGAUCUUCUACAGAGUGACAAUGAAGAGGACCAACAUUUCAGCACUCAAGGUGUCACAGUUAGUCUUAAUGCUACAUCUGAAGUAGCUACAUCUUUUGAACUCUCGAAGCAUGCUAAUGAUCAGUCUGUUGAGCAAGAUUCAGAAUAUGAACAAGGGGAGGAUGAACUGGGCUAUGGCAAAUCAGAAGUGCCUGAAGAGUAUUCUGGGGAAUACACAGAAGAAGGGCAGUAUGAAGGCCAAGAGGCUGAGCUGACAGAAGACCAAAUAGAAUAUGGGGAAGAUCAGGGAGAAGAAGAGAUUUAUAAUGAUGGAGUGCUAGAUCUCGAAAUCAAUGAACCUCUAGAUGAUUUUACAGAUGAAGAUUAUAUGCAGUCCUACAGUGAGCAGCAAGCAAUUGAACAGCAAGAAUAUGUAGCUGAAGAAGAAUUGGAGGAGGUUGCUGACACUCAGACACCUCCAAACGAGUCGGAAGAGGCAGUUAUUGAAAACCUAGAGCUUCAAGAAGAAACCAAAGAAGAGUCUGAUGAAGAAGAGGAAGAUGACGAAGAAUCUGGUCGAUUACGUUUCAAAACUGAACGGAAAGAAGGAACAAUCAUUAGACUUUCGGAUGUAACGAGAGAGCGAAGAAACAUUCCAGAAACUUUGGAACUUUCUGCAGAAGCCAAAGCAGCGUUAUUUGAAUUUGAAGAGAGGGAAAGGCAAAUGAAGCAGGGGCGUUAUGGCUCAAGAAGAGGAGGAAGGAGAGGAGGGCCUUUAAUGUGUCGUGGGAUGGGAGAACAAAGAAGAGACAACAAUGAAAGGGGAAGAAUGAAGGAUCACAGGCCUGCGUUGCUGCCAACCCAGACAUCUGUUACGACACAUUCAGAAAGGAUAUUUCGUCAUCAACAGCCCAUUAGGAAUCUCUUCCAGCAGCAACAGCAACAGCAGCAACAGCAGCAACAGAUGCAGGGGCUUUUACCCAUUCCCCCUCAGCUUCAUACACCACCUCCGCCUCAAGGGAUGCAUAUGCCACCCCAGCUAGAAACACCAAGAAUGCUGAUGACUCCUCCUCCAGUGACAUCUCAGCAGCCAAAAAACAUACAUAUAAACCCACACUUCAAAGGAACUGUAGUAACGCCUGUACAAGUGCCCUUGCUGCCAGUCCCAAACCAGCCAAGACCUGCUGUAGGACCCCAGAGAUUUCCUGGUCCUCCAGAGUUUCAGCAGAAUCCCCCCGGACCUGUUCCUACCAACUUCAAUCAAGCCCCAAGACUCUCCCUCCAGGAUCAAUGGAGAGGACCACCACCGCCUCUGCCACCACCGCCUCCACAGGAUAGAGAGCCUUUCUUCAUGGGAGAGCCAAGAUUUCCCAGCCAUCACAUGUUUGAGCAGCGGAGCCCUCCUCCUCCACUACCGCCCCCACUCCUCAACAGUGCCCACCCCAUUCCCAACCAAAACCCGCACCCUUUCAGUCAGCCUGGACCAGGUUUUAACCAGCAGGGGCAGCAGCACAUGUUUCCCAGAGAGAGGAUGAUGAGGCCAAACAUGCAGCCCCAGGGCCCCGUGGGAGUCCUUCACUUCAACCAGCCUGGAGCAGCAAAUACACGACCAUUCCUCCCUCCCAGGCAGUCAUUCAUGCAGGUGCCAGGGCAGCCGUUUUUGACAUCUCUCACACAGCCGAACAUGCAGGGUCCCUUGCACCCUCCUUUGCAGCCACAGCAUCAGCAGCAUCCACAGCCGCCGCAACAACACCAUCCACAGCAGCAUCAACAGUCGCAUCAUCAGCAUCCACAGUCACAUCAGCAGCAUCCACAAACAGCCCAGCAGCACCACCAGCAGCAUCAACCGCACCAGCAGCAUCAACCGCACCAGCAGCAGCACCACCUCCUUGCAGUGCCCCCCCAGCCUCUGAUUUCUGUUGCCCCAUCCCAGUUUAGACCUCACAUGCAGGCACAGCAGCAGCAGUCAAGCAGCAAUCGGAUGCAGUGUCAGCAACGACAAGGUCUGGUAAAGGCCAGGCAUAACACACCAACACAAAACAUUGUGAAGCGUCCAAAUCAGCAACUCCAGUCACCUGCUCCAAGGAACAGUAACUUGCGGGAAUUGCCAAUAGCACCUUUGCAUGCAAUGGAGGCUGCUAACAACCGAAGGACCUCAGCACCUGCUGCUCAAGUAAAACCCAUUGCCAGUACCAUGCCUACUGCAAGGCCUGUGGCUGGUGUGAAGAACCAACAGGGAAGGACUGAGACAAAACCUAGAGCAGUUAUUCCAGUGGCACAGCCUAAAGUGGAGAUCAAAUCUGAGCCAGAGUUUCCUGAUGAAGAUGAAGAAACCAGACUCUACCGUUUAAAGAUAGAAGAACAGAAACGCCUAAGAGAAGAGAUCUUGAAACAAAAAGAGCUCAGGCGGCAACUUCAGGCUGGAGCUAGAAAAAGAGAGUUGCUUGAAAGGCUUGCGCAGCAGUCUUCAACACAACAACAGGAGGAAGAAACUUCACAGUUGCCCACCAAUGGAAAUCCAUUGCUUCCCCUUCCUGGUGCACAGCCUCGCCAAAAUGUGAAAUGCAGGCUGAUGGUUAAAAAGCAAGACCAAGUAGCUCCAACCCCCCCUGCUUUUCAGCCUAAGCCCCCAAAUAUUCUGCAGGCUGGAGAUAAUGCACAAUUUCAAGGACAGCAAAUAAAAACAGUAAAGCAGCUAAGACAGACUAGGACAGUGCCCGAAAAUGAGCUCCAGCUGCCAUAUAAAGGGUUGCAAACAAAGCCUCCUGCAGCCCACUUGAACCCAUCCCAGAUUGCUCGUGUGGCAUCAGUACAAGGCCAGCCUCAGGAACUGAAGCCUGGGGUGAAAAGAACUGUCAUGCAGCGGGCAAACAGUGGUAGUGGAGAUGGGCCCCAUGUCGGCACCAAAGUCAGGGUGAUUAAAUUGUCAGGAGGGGGUGGUGAGAACGUUGGCUUUUCUCACUCAGAAGUGCCACAUCACCGGCUCCAGCCGCCCCUGGAUCAAAGACAUCAGCCUGUGCGGAAGGUCACGUUGUCAAAAGGAGCAAUACAGCAACCGCAUCAGCACCAGCUGGCACAGAUCCACUCACUUCCCCAGGGGCUGAAAAACAUCCCGGGGAUACAUCAGGCAAAGAAGGUCAUUACGCACGGGAGAGGCAGAGGCAUUGCGGGCCAGAUGGGCCGAGGACGCUUGAUGCCAAAUAAACAGAAUCUGCGAGUGGUAGAGUGCAAACCACAGCCCUGCAUUGUGUCAGUUGAAGGGCUUUCUUCAUCAACCACGGAUGUCCAACUGAAAAACCUGCUGAUGUCGGUAGGACCUAUUCAGAGUUUACAGAUGCUUCCUCAACAGCGGAAGGCCAUAGCAAAAUUUAAAGAGCCCUCUGAUGCUUUGAAAUUUCAACAGAAGUUUCACAGGCAUAUGAUAGAUUUGUCGCACAUCAACGUGGCACUGAUAGUGGAGUGACCUGCUGAACGCAACAGGUCUGUUCUUCUACGUGUAGCUUCCUUUGAAGGAAGUCGCAAGGCAGGAUCUCCUCGUGAUCUCCCAUGCCAGCUUUGCAGUGCCCCCCUGAAACUUCAGACUACUCUAUGACACUACAGACAGCAGCAGCUUUACUGCAGUGGAAGCUAGAGUUAACAAGGAUCCAGAAAUGGAGAGUUUUGUAUUGGCUUUCUUUUACCGUGUCGACACAUGGAGCUAUAGGUCUCGUGUCCUUGUGCACAAAUGUGUGUACACGGGUGUUUUUUUCAAGAAAUGUACUAUGUGAUCACAGUGACUCAGAUUGAAAGAACACUAACUUUGAAAAAAUUUAUGCUUCUUCAUAGCAAAGAAUAUUUGAUAAUGGUUGCUCUUAUCUUCCAAUGUGGGGUGUUGGAAUGAGAUGGUGUCCAUACCUAUCUGAAUUUUUUUUUAGCUAAGUAGAUAGAAUAAAACAGGGGCUGUGUAAUUUGUUGGUAUUUUUCCAAGAGUUCAUUCUUGAAAGUUCUUAUUCCCAGUGAGGUGAAGCCAACAAUAUGAAGUACUGUGCAUGCUCUCAACCUUUUCCCUUUCCCAACAUCACCUUGUAGGAAUAACCUUCCUCUUUUCUUCUCCUGGCUUAACAAGUCUCUCCUUCCCAGAGUAUCUGAAAGGCAGGGCUAUUAGCAUUCUUUUAUUAUAUCUUAGAUUGCCUUCAAAGGCGAUUGCAGGAUGUCAGGGUGGGGGUGGGAACCUGUACAUGUUUACAUUCAAUAUACAGUAACACUAGUAGUAGUAUUCAAUGAAACAAGAUUAAUUCCUGGCAGGUUGUUACGAAUAGUACCAUUAUUUUGAUUAGCAUCUUUCCUUGAGAUUUUCUUGGUAUAAUAAUUUUCAGCAAAGACUGCAUAAUGGCAGAGGCUGUCAAAUUGUACAAGCUGAACUUACAAAGACUUUUUAUUCCAUGGGAUGCCAGGAUGGUCUAAAAAUUAUGUGCAGACUUCAAGGAAACUGUGUUUUAUGUAGGAAGUAAAGCUUUGCAUUGUAUCCUGCUUGUUUCUUCCAAAGGAAGGGAUCUUUUUGUUACCGAAAGCUCCUUUGUACCCAGAUAUCGUUUGGGGAGAGAGAGAGAGCUUCCUUAAUUUUAGAAAUAUUUUUCAGUGCUAAUAUAUUAGGCAACUGCCGGAAUGGCAAAAUUACAGAUAAUAAUCUGUAAUUAGAAAGCAACUACAAGCAUUUUGUGUGUGUGUGUGCGUGCGUGCGUGCGUGCGUGUUGGCUAGAAUAAAAACGUUAGAGCAGGAGAAAGAAUUACCAUUUAAAAAUAUUAUUUAAGGCUUGCAUUUUAUGUGAAAUUAUGAAUGGUUUGUUUUUAAAAAAACCAAACUCUAUAUAUACAGGUAGGGUUAUAAAAACUGAAUUCCGAAUUAAGAUGAAGCAAUUAAGCUAUAAAUAUUGUCAUGUCGUUUAAAGGCAAAAUUGCUUUCUUUCCCCUCUGGAAAUAUUGCAGGAGUAGCUUAAUUAGGGUGCUGUAGUAGUAAAAGUUUGAUCAUUUUAAUUGUGUUUUUAAUGACUAGCUAGUAAGCACCCUCCUGCUCCAUAGAGCCAUGCUGUGGGGGUGAGUUUUGUUGUCCUUUCCUGUCUUAUGCUUUUCAUUUUUGCUUCUUAGUCUUAGUUCAUGAUGGAUGGCUUAGUUCCCCUCUGCUCAAGAGCCCUUCAAAGGUUUACAAGUAUCAAGCAUUGUUCAUAACUGAACGGUCUGUACUUACCUCCCAAGUCAGCGCUGGUCCUUGUGCAGAUGCUAAGCCUGCCUUUUAGGGAUGAUUUAAAAACUAUUCACAAAGCUUGGAUCUUCAUUGCACUGUGCAGCUACAGCUUCUCAGUAACGAAUAAUAGUCAAGGUGAUGGUUGAACUGCAUGGAAUGUGGGCAACUUUAAUGAGCCGAGCUCUGUAGUGAGCAAGACUUCGUUGGUUUGGCUUUGUAUAUGUGCGGAUUUCAUGGUGCCUAAGGAGCAAGCUUACAGUUCAGAUCUGCUGGUGUCAGUGGGACUUGCGCUUAAGGGAAUUCUGAGGUUUUGUUGUUCUUCGACUGUUUACAGGUUUCAGACCUCUCUGUCCAUGGGAAAUAGACUGUGGUAUGGCAUUUAAUGUGGUUUGUGCUUUUGUCUGAGUAAAGUGUAGACACAUUUGUCUGACCUCAUCUGUUACAGGCUGUGUAUGCUGUGUGUGUGUGUGUGUGUGUGUGUGUGUGUGUGUGUACGUACGCGCACACAGCAUUUCAACACAGGAAUGUUCCUGUUUGGUUUUAGAAAGAGGGAGACGCGUGCAAUUCUUUCCCCUAGCAGCGGAAAACCUGUGAUCUGGGUGGCAGGCACCCAGCCUCUGGGUUGAAUUAUCAUUAAGAUAGUACUGUAUAAUAAUAUAUCUAGAUUGGUUAAUGCUCACUUGGAACCAGAUGUAUUGGCAGGAUCACAGUGUGGCUUUUCUUUUCUUUUUUCCCCCUUUCCUUUUCUGUUUUUUGACGUGCUAUCCACAAAAGCAAAAUCACAGUUAAGAACAGGAGGCCCUGCCCUUUGUACAAAGUUUCCCCAGUUUUUUUUUGUAGAAGAUCUGUUGCAACCAUUAUCUUGUUCUUUCUGUAUCAUGCAUUUGAAAUAAGAUGUGAAAUGCAACAAUUGCAUUUAAUGUAUUAUGUAAAUAAGGGACUUUUAAACAAAUUGUAAAUGAAGCUCUUCCUGCGCUUGCAAAUUCAGCCACAUCAAAGCUUAUUUGGUGGGCCGGGAGUGUUGUUGUCUUAUUGAAGUUGAGUGGAAGAAGUUCCAUAAAUGUUCUUUUUUUGGUGUAACUCUUCAACUUUUUUUUAUAAAGAUGCUAGUAAGUCAAUACAUAUAUCCUGACCUGUGUAUUAUUUGUCCAUAAACUUUCAGAAACCUGGAAUGGAUAUUUAGCCAGUGAAUACGAUCAGUGGAAUAUUUUUUCCCCCUCGUUUUUUUUCUUUUCACUUAAGUUUGCAACAUUUCCUUGUAUACUUCAACUCAUGUCCUUUUUAGCAAAAAGGUGCAGCCAACUUACAUGUAAUACAGGAAUAGAAAUUAUGGUUUUAUAGCAAUGAACAAUACGGCAAAUAAGCUAAAUGGGAAAUAGAGUAUCUGUCAUUUUUAUAGGGGUUUGUGUGUUUUUAAUUUGGGCAAGGGAGCUUUUUAGGUUUGGUAACCUUAAUUUAUGAAAUAUAUUUACCUGCUGGAUAAUAGUGUUUCUAUCAAGACUGUGAAAUGGAGGUUGUUUACUUCAUUCUCAUGAUGCAGACGAGUCAUGGGAACUCGCACCAAUCCUCCCUGUAUCAGUAUUGUGGUUUAACACGCCUUCAAACUAUCAAAAGAGUUUUUGUUAUAAUGUUGAGCAUAAAGGAGAGGUGCUCAACUUAAGUGAGUUUAUAAAUAGCGCCCCCCCCCCCCCUAGUGCUAGGACCUUGAACUAUAGAGGCUAAACAAAGUUUCAUUAGCUAGGGAACAAUAUAUAAAAUAUAUGUUUCUGCGAUCUACAACCCACAUCACAAUAGAUUUUUUGAAUAGUUCUAAUGUCCCACGGACCAAAAAGAAGGAGGAGGAAUAACUUGCCUCUGACUUCCAUUCCCUUGGUCAGAGAUGAGGAAUCUUUGUUUCUCCAUAUGUUGCUGGACUACAACUCCCAUCAUCCCUCACCAUUAGCCAUGCUGGCUGAGGCCAAUGGGAGUUGGAGUCAAACAACAUCUGGCAGGCCCCAGGGUCCCAAUCCUUGCCCUUGGUGGUAUAAUACCACAAAAGAUAUGGCAAGUCUCAAUCACUAAUGAAGAGAAUUAGGGUGAGUUUAUAUGAUCAUUUAUAUGGAGAAAUGUUGGCAUGAGAUGACAUUUCCCCUUCAUUCUUUGUUGGUUGGUUGUUCCUAUCAUGAGCCCCACAUGGGGAAAUCAGGAGGGAGCACAUUGUUUGCAGCUGAUCUUUCAUGGUACUAUGUGUCAUUACCAUGGGAACAUGUACCCAAAGCGGCCAACGCUAAAGAAAUGAAGAAUUAAUGUCACCUUGUGGUGAUAAUUUUCCCGGUAAGAAUUGAUACUGAAAACUUGCUCUUUCUAGUUUCACCACAUUUUACUUGUGGCUUUUAGCUGCAACUUAAACAGCAUUGACAGCCAGUUUCCCAAAGAUCUAGCCUGACAUUUUUAGCUGGCAUCAGAUGGCAGUCAGUAGACCCAUGGGGUACACUUUAGAUACUAGCUCAGUACUAAAUACUUUAGCGUCAUUAUUUUUUUGCUACGCUUCCUUUCCAAAUUCCACCAUUAUAUUCUUCAUCUGGAGAACCUUGUAACUUGCCAGCACUUCCCAAGAAUCUUUUCGCUAGCAUGUGGAAAGGGAAUGAGAUGUGCUUCCUUAACCCUCGUCUUUCCUGGGUAGGUUCAUAGUCCCAUGGAUGUUAUACAGGCGUCUCCCCACUUAAUGCAGGGGUUACGUCCCCAGGUACUGUGUGUAUAUGUGAAAUCGUGUAUGGUUGGGGGGGGGGGAACACCACCUAUAAAGCCUGUAAACAUCCUCUAAACCUCUGGAAACCCCUUUAGAAAACCAGCAGCACAUAGCGAAAACUCUGCCAAAGACCUGCAAACCCUACCACAGUCGCUCCGUCCUUUCUCAAAUUCCAACUCCCCACAGGCCUCAAAGGUCAGCGCAAAGGCUCCUGGAAUAGCUAGCUGUUUUCCCCACUCUUUGUGCGCCAUUUUUGCAGUUUCCACUGUCUUUGGGGGCAGCUUCUGCGCCUUUUUUCCAGUUUAAAUCAGUUUAGUUUCUUAUUUCCCAGUGUUGCGCAUAUACCCAGUCGCACGUGAGUCCGAUGAGCAUAAGUGGGGAGACGCCCGUAUUGCCCUGUUCCAUUGGCCUUCCAUUACAUGAGCUCUUACGCAAAGUCUUUUAAGUUACUGGCCUCUCGUACCUCACUGAUGGGCAACCCUUUCUUGUGUCUUUCUUUGAUCACUUGCUUAUAUAACCUGUCUUACUGUCUUCUUAGCUUUAUUUUGCAGCAGCAAUUUUGGACAAAAUGAAGAUUGCUUUAAGAGACAACCGAGGGUUACAAUUAGGUUUUUAAGCCAUAGGGUACCUCUAGACUCCUGACUUGUUGAGGGCUUACCUGUGGAAUGUCACGUUAGCGUCGCUCUUUAUAUAUCAGGAUGGAUUUAUAAUCCCAAUACUGUAAGAGGAUUAUUGCAGUAGUAUUAAAUCCUAAGGAUUUUACGUAAGGUUUUUUUAAUAACCUAUUUAAUCUUUUUUUAAAAAAAAACGAGCUCGUUUAGCUACCUGUAUAAGCCUGGAGGGCUUAUUUACAUACCACUGAUUCACAUUGAAUCUCAUGUAUACCAGCUUCUGGUAUUUAUACUUCUGUUUGGGGAGAAUUUUCCUUGGGGUGGGGGAUAUUCAGCGGGUUUAUUCCAUGCUCACCUUUGGGAGAAGUGUCACUUUUCAUGUUACACGAAAGUUUUGUGUAGAAGGUCAACUUUUUAAAGAAAUAACAAUAAUAAUGAAUUGCCUCUCUUCCUCAGUGGGUUGGAUGUAGAUCCGAUAAAAAGAAGGCAACCUGUGAACACUUGCUGGUUUUUCAGAAGGUCAUUGUUAGAGGUUAUUAGCACAUACUGACAAACUGGGAAGCUAAAUCCAUAAAACCCAAUUAAAUGGAGCAUCUAGCAGGGUUUUUUUUAAUAAUGAGUUAAAGUAGGAAUGUUAUCUGUUCAUUCGGUGAGGAUCACUGUUAACUCUCAAAUUGUAUCAUAUUUAUCUGUUAACUCUUAAAUUGUAUCAGAUUUAUCUGAUUAUUUGUGCCUCUUAACUCUGGCGUAGCAAUUUUUCUUUCUCUGAUUUCUGCGUAACUACAAAUAAAUACAACUUUUGUUUUAAAUAACCAGAUUACUUUCUUCACAGGGAUAGGGCACUGGGGAGUUGAUUCCUGCCCCCCACCCCCGAGCUUGACCUGGAAAUAAAUAUAUUUCUUUUUACAGAUACAACUGAUGCAUUAAACACUUUUCAUUCACAGCAAACCUUUGGGCUAAUGUAUCUUAUGCUGUCUUAAGCUUUUUAAAAAACAUUAUAAUAGUUUAGAUUUUGGUCCAUGCCUGGGUUGACUUUUUAUACUGUAGCACUUUUCAAUUCCAAUUCACAAAAUGCUUUAUAGUUCUUAACUCAUUGACCCUCAAUAAUAAUACCCCAAGCAAUAAAGCGGCCUUUGUGAGGCUAUUUCCACAGAGGUAGUAGUGUUAAUCUGCUGUAGAAAGUAACAAAGAGGCUUGUAGCACCUUAAAUAUAACAUUUGGAAAUAUUAGACAUGUGCCCAAGGCCAUCCAGUUAGCUAAAUCUCAUAAGGGGGUGUCAUCUCAAAUGUAGAAAAUGUAACUUGAAAAAAGAGACAUUGCACAUACUUUUGUAAACCAAGAACUCUUUAAUAAAAAAUAUGUUAAACUACAGAAAAAUUUUAAAAGGAGGGUGUCAUCCUUUUGGGCCAUGACAUUCCACUGUCCAACGCUGAUUUACUACGUUCCCAUAUAGCUACUUAAGAAGAUAACUACAUCCCUCUUUGCUGUCGUCUAGUUCCACGGCUCUUCUUCCUCGUUAGGUGGCCAAUAAGUUGAACACAAUUAGUUUUCCUCCUCCUGGACCAUUGCAGAUCCAAGAAACUUAUUUAAGUUCUUGGAACACCUGCUUGUGUGAGAGCACAGGGUGUGGAGUGAUUCGGGAAGGUGUCAGUGUAAUUCUCCUGACACACACACACACAGACCCCUGCCAGUUGCUAUGACUAUCCUAUAGCCAUACCAUUCAGCUCAAGACAAAGGUUCUCCUACGCCUCAUGUUGAAGUAUUGUGCCUGUUGGUUGGUAUUCCUGUUUCCAACAUGGCAGCCUUGCACAUUGCCUUUUGCAAGGAGAACAGGAGAGGCAUUCCACACCCAGCUUGCAACAUACGGAACAAAUAGAACUCCACCUAAAUCAAAAGCUUAAAUUGGAGAAGGGCCAGCGGUGUUCUGCUCUCUGCUUAGGGCACUGCUGGGGAACUAUUGGCCCCAGUUCUUGGAGUCCAGCUCCCAUCAGCCCCAACAAACAUGGAUUCUGGUCAGGGUUGAUUGGAGCUGUAGUGCAACAACAUCUGCAGGGCCCACAGGUUCUCCGCUCUGGAGGAUCCCCAUCUUUGGGCCUUCCUCUGCCAUGGAAGUGAACUUCAUUGAACCCCAAGAGUCCUCUUGGCUUCAGGAACCCCAAGCACAAGAUUCUCAGGCCCCUCCAGCCAUUGCUGAGCCACUAUUUUUGAAUCCAUUUGGCCAAUUCACUAACAAGGCACUUUGUAGCAAUAGAUGGAAAAGAGGCGUUUCCACAUCCCUUUGAAUAAUAAUAAUAAUUAUUAUUAUUAUAUUUAUUAUUUAUACCCCACCCAUCUGGCUGGGUUUCCCCAGCAACUCUGGGCGGCUCCCAACAGAAUAUUAAAAACACGAUAAAACAUCAAACAUUAAAAACUUCCCUAAACAGGGCUGCCUUCAGAUGUCUUCUAAAAGUCAGAUAGUUGUUUAUUUCCCUGACAUCUGAUGGGAGGGCGUUCUACAGGGCAGGGGCCACUACUGAUAUUAAAAUAUCAUUUUCAUGUUUGCAGGUGCUUUAGCUGCUUCCGAGGUGCAACUAAUCUUUUUCUUUACAGGUUUCCUUCUUUUUAGGAACAAUGUUCAUUGCAGAAAACGGGGGGAUAUAUGAUUUAACCAUUCCACUUAUAUGCCUUCCUUACCCGUACAGGAGAGUGGUAUCUUUGGCAGGCCUGGGAGAACGAAGAGUUAUUAACCUUUUACUCCCCUUCUUCCUUUUUGCAGGCUCUCCUAAUUCUCUCUGAAUUCAGUGGUAGGAGUAGCUCUAUAACAUUUCUCACGUAGUAAUAGUGUUAACCUUUUGAGCCAUUUAUUAUGGUUGCUGUGGUGUGAUCCUAUCCUGUAACUUCGUGAAAUACUGUAUACAGCUUGAACACAAGAAGCAAUGCCGUUCAGACUUGUAUUUCUCUGAUAUGGACUGUGUUUAUUAGGAUAAAUGCAAGAGACAGCUCUGACAUGAUAGUGACUUCAAGGGAUGGGGUGGAGGGCUGCUUCUCGCCUCCUCAUGUUCUCUACAGAAUGAACAACCCAAGUUAUUUUGAAGCUCAUUUUGUUACAUGUGAUCUUGUGUGCAUUUUUGCUUCAAAAUUCCUUCAUGCCUUGGAAGAUUUCUCUGGAGGUUGUAAAUUGAUAUGAAUGUAAAAAUGCAUGACUUUUCAGAAAUGAUCAGUGUAAAAAAAAUAGAAAAGAUUGGAUUCCGGAUUUCAGCUGUCCUGCGGUUAAAACACAUCCAAAUGUAAUUGAAAUGUGCAAAUAAAAGUCCUUUCAUUGUACCUUG